UUCUCAUGCAUUCGAAGGUGUGCCCGCGGUUGACAGUGAGAUUCGUUUAAUGGGUUCUUAAAAUUACAUGGCUAUAUUAUCCAGAUUUAGCCGAAGAGCUUCGUGUUUGUUCAGAGUUUGUGUACUAGGCGUUAGAACAAUGUCAGAAUUGAAGUCACCCAAUCGCAUCCUCACUUGCUCGGGUGAUUUCACUCCUCAGCAAGUUGUUGCUUGUAUGCUAUUGAAGUUACAUCCGUCUUUUGUCAACACGGAAGUCAUAAGAUCAUCAGAACUGGACGAUAUACAAGAAGGGGAUGCUCAGGUUGAGAUUGGUGAAGUACAUGAUCCCGAGAAUUUCCUCUUCGGUGGCUCCUGCGGCUCGUCACUUUCAUUCAGUUCAUUCAAUGCCGGAAAUGGGCCUAGACUACCACUGAGCAUUGCAGGAGUAGUGUACUCCAAUCACGGCAAAGAGAUUUUGAGAAACCUUCUCGGCUCGAAAGCGGAGGAUUGUAUAUAUACUCUUUUUAAAAAGGUAUAUGAAAGUUUCAUCAUCGAAAUUGAUGCCCUGGCCCUUGGAUAUCCCAUCGGAUUCUCACCCAUGAAGUAUAGGAUCUCCACGGAUUUAACAACGCGAAUCAACAGAUUGAAUAUCACUGCUCGUAGGAACUGUGAAGACGGUGCAGAAGCUUUCGCAAAGGCUCUGUCUAUUGCCGAACUCGAGUUCCGUGAACAGAUCGAUUAUUACAUGCACGUGUGGGCCCCAGCUCGUGAACUUGUGAAACGCGCGAUUCAAACGCGAAAGAGCUUGUAUCAAAGCGGCGAGAUUAUUCAACUCAGUACUGGUGGGUGUCCGUGGGUGGAACACUUGUUUGACAUCGAAAAAGAUUUGAAUAUUGAAGAUGCCAUAAAAUUCGUGCUUUUUGAGGACUCGAGAUGCAGUAAUUGGCGUGUGCAAAGCGUGCCAGUGACCCCUAAAUCAUUUGUGCUUCGUGUGGGCUUGAAGGAUGAGUGGCGCGGGUCUCGCGACGAAGAGUUGAGUCGGGUUGCCGGGAUUCCGGGUUGCAUCUUCGCGCACAGUUCCGGUUUUAUUGGUGGGAAUGCGACGUUUGAUGGCGCUCUGCAAAUGGCCAUCAAGUCAUUACCCGUCUCUUGA